AUGUUUGGCACAAUAUCACAACAAUCAUAUACGAUAGUAGAUGCGCAUGGGACAAUUCACGAGACAACUAAUUUAACAUUAGUUAAAGCUAUUCAAGUGUAUGCAUCUCUGCAAAUUAUUUUCGUAACAGAAACUGAUUUACCCAAAAGCGAUAAUGAUACUAAUGAUUUUAUCUAUACUGCUAUGAAUUAUUCAUAUGAAAUAGCUAGCAAACCAACAAUUAUUGCUAUUUUUGAUCGAAAUUUUGAUGAUGAACGUGAAACAGAAAGUUUGAAAGAUCGAUUUCAAAACUUCUAUUCCAAUCAAAGUUGGCCCAAUGUUUAUUGGAUGACAAUUCCAUUAUACGAAGGAGCACAAAAUCUGGACAGAUUUACUAUGGACUAUCGUGCUGAACGUUUAAAACCAGUGUUUGCUGAAAAAUUAAAGACUGCAGAGCCGCAUAUUCAACAGCAACUACCAUAUCGUUCAUUUUUCUCUAUUCAGUCGACAUAUUUAUUAAAUCGAUUUGACGCAAGCAAGCCGAUACGAAGACAUCAUGUUCAAUUUGAGAUAGAAAGUAAGCUCAAAGCACUAUUUCAAAAAUUAACAGAUAAAACGGAAAAUCUCAAAAUUGUAACACCAAUCAGCUAUUACAAAUCUCAAAUGGAUAUGAAUCGAAAACAGUUAUCACUUGAAACAAUAGAUGAAAAUUUAUCAUCAAAUAAACUAUCUUCAACAUUAGAGCAACUCAAAUUGCAAUGGAAGUCAGUGGCAGCGGUUAAUGAGUAUACAAAGUUCACGAUUAAUUUAAUCAAUAAUCGAACGUAUACUGAACUAUUGAUUACUGAGAUUUAUUUGGAACGAUGGCGUUCAUCAUACGUACCAAAAUUGAAAGAAGACUUAGAAAGAAUAAAACAAGCUAUAUGUGAAUUCGUACUAACUGUUAUUGGUGAACAAUCAUCAGCAAAAUCGUCUUUACUUAAUAGUUUAUUUGGAUGUAAUUUUCGUGUCAGUGCUGGUCGUUGUACAAUUGGAAUGUAUUUGAGUAUUGCAUAUUAUAAAAGUUUCACUAUAAUUAUUAUUGACUCAGAAGGUUUAUUAUCAUUAGAAAAAUCAGGUUCACUCUUUGAUAAUCAAAUGAUAACAAUGGCUAUUCUUACAUCUCAUCUUGUAUUGAUCAAUGACAAAGGUGAACUUAGUUCUAGUCUUGAAGGACUCAUUGGAAUGAGUCUAUAUGCUAAACUACAAAUACAGAGUUCACCACUCAAACCAAAAUUUAGUUCACCACUCAAACCAAAAUUAAUAUUUGUAUUGCGUGAUCAAAUUUAUCGCGAUCCCAAUGUCUUCUUUGAACUACUAAAUAAAUUUAAGAAUAAUUUGCAGACAUCAUCAAACUUUUUAAAAGUUAGCGUUGAUGAUGAACUUGAAAUCAAACAAGAAAAUAUUGCAUUAUUACCAAGUGCUUUUAGCGAAGACAUAAAUACUGAUUUAAAUAUAAUACAACGAUGGAGAAAUCAAACAUUUCCAAUGGAGAUAAAUAAUCUUCAUAUAGUGUUUUACAU